AUGUCGCUUGAUCUUGAGAGACACCUCGUCUUUUACGCUACUUAUCACCACAAUCCCGUCAACAAGGCCAUUCAUAUGGUCUGUGUUCCUCUCAUACUCACUUCUGCCUUUGCCGUCGCUACAUAUACUGGACCUCUGGUCGACUUGCCACCAUGGCUGUCAGUCCCCAAUCUGGACCUUAAUCUCGGCACCAUUAUUGCACUCAUCUAUGCUGUCCUCUAUCUAUUGCUCGAGCCCGUCGCCGGCUUCAUCCUCGCCGCGUUUUGCAUUGGCAGCACUGCCUUUGCUCGUCACAUGAGCUUGCAAAACCCGGAGCAGACUCUGCAGGUCGCUGCUGGCGUUCAUGUUAUGGCCUGGAUUGCCCAGUUCAUUGGCCACGGUGCUUUUGAGGGACGUGCCCCAGCUCUGCUCGACAGACUUAUGCAGGCACUGUUCCUCGCGCCUAUGUUUGUCUGGUUCGAGAUUCUCUUUGUCCUGGGCUACCGCCCAGAGCUCCAGGCCCGCGUGGACAAGCAAGUAAACGCCGAGAUUGCUAAGUUGAAUGCUUCAACCAAGAAUGGCAAGGCUCAAUGA